UGAAUUCCAACACAUGUCGCGGUGCUAAGAACUAUGCCGUGAAGCCGUACAUCUGCUGUUCAGACACGUUAUGGAGGUGGUAUGGAAACUUUCUUCGAGCUCCCCUCCCCAUGUCUGCAAGUCGGAUGGCUUCUUCUUCUUACAUGACUCAUGCAUGGCACGUGUGAAGCUGGCAUGUUGUGAGACUCAACUGCGACAAGAAGUCGACUCUUUUUGAUUGAUCCUGAUCAACAGUGUGACAUAGCAUUGCAGUGCUGAGACAACGACGACGUUACGAUGAAUAAUGGCAGGAUAUUUCUUCCACCUCAAGCUUGAGCUCUACCCCUCAGCACGGUCAUCUACAGCGUCGCCUGCCACGACAUCACCCCACCUCUUUCGACCAGACCCCAGUACAGACAUAUUCAAAUCAGCCUUUCCAGCCCAUCGAACCUCAAAGACCAUCCCGCAGACUUUGUCAACCAGACAUUCGCCGGCGCCCUCAGUAGACAACAGCGCCGCGGCCAAGAGCCGACCAGCUUCAGUCCACGGCGAUGCUCUACUACUACCCGAGAGGAACAUCGCCCUGAAAGAGCCGGCCUCACCCACCAUCCCACCAAACAAAGCCUCCAACGAGGUCGCUACUCGGGAUUGGCGCUACGGUCCGGUCACUAUUGAAAGCAUCGACAUGGAAGCAUCCCCUACCAAGGCCCCCUCAACCGGGCUACACACCAAGGCCGUGUACGUGCCCUCGGCUCCUAAAGCUACAGACGUAGGCUGGGGAGUUGUACAUCUGUACCGAGAUUCACAAGAGACGGCAGCUUUGGAGAACAAGCAAGUCAAAGACGAUCCAACCUUUGACCCUCACCAAUGCACCACCCUGUGUAUCUUGGCUGUCCCGUCGUGGAUGAUGCCCUCGGAUCUGUUGGGCUUCGUUGGAGACCAGGCAAGAGAAGAAGUUAGUCACUUCAGGCUUAUCAGGACUGGUCGCGCAAACAAAUACAUGGUCCUCAUGAAGUUCCGACAAGCAAAGAAAGCUAGAGAGUGGCAGAAGCUGUGGAACGGGAAGUUAUUCAGUGCUAUGGAGCCUGAAAACUGCCAUGUCGUGUUCAUCAAGUCAGUCGAGUUCCUGACUCCCGAGUCUGCUAUCUCCGAUCCUGCCACUUUCCCACAAAACAAUCAGGACCCAUUCACCAAGUCCUCGACUACACUGUCCGUCAAGCCACAUGCUCCACCUACACCAUCUCUGGUCGAGCUUCCUACAUGUCCGGUGUGUCUCGAACGCAUGGACGAGACUACAGGCUUGUUGACUAUUCUCUGCCAACAUGUGUUUCACUGCGCAUGUCUUGAGAAGUGGCGAGGUUCGGGGUGUCCUGUGUGUCGUUACACUCAGUCGCCCUCGUUUACUUUUCCCUAUCCUCGGCCAGGCCAUCCUGAUGUUGAGGCUGAAGCUGAGCCUGCCUGCACAGUCUGCGCGGCCACAACAAACUUGUGGAUUUGCCUCAUCUGCGGAAACACAGGAUGUGGUCGUUACGACUCAGCUCACGCAUUUGCACAUUGGGAAGCCACAAGUCACUGCUAUGCUAUGGACAUCAACUCUCAACACGUCUGGGACUAUGCUGGAGACGGGUACGUUCAUAGACUGAUCCAGAACAAGCCCGAUAGCAAGCUCAUAGAUCUGCCUGCUCGACGCCACCCAAAUGCCGCCUUCCGUGUUGAAGCUGAGGACAACGUGCCGCGGGAGAAGAUGGAGAACAUGGCUAAUGAGUACACAUAUCUUCUGACUAGUCAACUCGAUAGUCAGCGUCGCUACUACGAGGAUCAGCUUGAGCGUGCUGUUGACAAGGCCAGCACCGCGUCGGCAAAGGCCGAAGACGCUGCCAGGGCAUGUACUGCGCUUGCCGCAGAGAUGGCUGUUUUGCGCCUGGAAAACCAUAACCACUUUGCCAGCGUUACUCGUAUGGAGAAGAGCAUCGAGAAGGCCACAUUCGGGGCUGAGAAGUUUGAGAAGAUGGCCCGGGAUAUGUCUUCACAGCUGCGCGAAGAAAAGACAAUGAACGAAGGUUUGCUUCAGCGCAUUCAUGCUGCUGAAGCAAAGGCCAAAGAGAGCCAACAGGAGACAGAGAAGACGAAGCUAGAGAAGGCCGAUUUGGAAGAGAUGAAUCACGAUCUAACCAUGUUCAUCAGCAGCCAAGAAAAGGUCAAGGAAUUGCAAGCUCAGGGAGAAGAAGUUGUCGAUGGUUCUGCUUUCGCACCGGAGCGACAGCCGCAGCAAGGCAGGAAGAAAGGCAAGGGAAAGAACAAGUAGCGGUGAGUGCGCUCAUCUUUGGUUCGUCGGAAAGGUUUUUUUUAUGACACGGCGUUCGACACGGAAUGAUACCCAAGGGAGAAAGAGAGAGACAGAGAGAGAGGAGGAAGCGGCUUUCCAUAUUUGCAUGCAUAACAUAUCCCGAAUUAGUUCAAGAAGUGAAACAUUUCAUUUCGUCCACGAGAGAAAGCAGCAGAUAUUUCAGUAUUGCAGAUAUGCUGGUAACCCGUGGCGUGUAACUCUUGUUGGUUUCACAGAAGUCAUGGAGUGGUCAAAACGUGGCUGUGGACGACGACUGGCGCCACGCAUCUGCGCGGCAGUCAGCCAAACGACCGCAACUGCCUGCUGUCCUCGAGCUUGUCAACGACUACAUCGCGACAUG